UGUUUACCCUAUACUCUUGAUGCGUUUACCCCGUCUCAGUUGAGUCGCAAGCGAUAGUGAGCUAAGAAAGCGGAUAUAAUAGAAUUUUAUUUCACGUAUUUGCCCGCGCAGUUUGGGCGUAACGUUAGUUGUCGUAAUUCAAUGGGCGGUCACGGCGUUUUGGGGAACGAGCCCGAAUCUAUCGACUACUCGGUGCACGAAGCCUGGAACGAGGCCACCAAUGUCUACCUGCUGGUUAUCCUGGUCAGCUUCGCCCUGCUGAUGUACGCCAGAAAAAACAAGAGGAAGAUCAUGCGGAUCUUCACUCUGCCCCCCACGGUCGGCAGCAGCCCGGAGCCCAACUUCUACGACAGCCUGCAGAAGGUGCGCCUGCGGCAGCAGCUGGAGAUGUACUCUCUGGCCAGGAAGUUCGAGCAGGGCCAGGCCGACAGUGUGCAGCUCUCCAUGGAAUGAGAGCAGGGAGGAACCCUUCCCUUUCUGUCGGAGAAGACACGCCUGCGUCUCCGAGCCCUUUGUGCGUGGACGGGAAAGCGUCUGGACGGCUGUCCCGAUCGCA